UCUAAUAUGUUUUCUCCAAAGAGUAAAAGAAUAUACAUAUUUGAUUGAAGGCAAAAAUAGUUUUAUCAAGUAGUUUGUGCGUUUCAGUAAAGAUAAUCAAACAUAUUUCACGGAUAAAGCUCUAUUUGGAAAUAAUGUGGAGCGAUUCUUUAUUAAUAGUAUUUAUAUCAAUAUGUACGGCAUUUUUAGGAGAAGGACUAACAUGGAUCCUUGUUUAUAGAACAGAAAAGUAUCAGAAACUCAAAGUAGAAGUGGAGCGGCAGAGCAAAAAAUUGGAAAAACGGAAAGAAGCUCAUGGAGAUUCUUUAGACAAACAGCAUAAGAAAAAAAUUGAGAGAGAAGAAGAACGACUUAAAAACAACAACAGAGACCUAUCCUUGGUUAAGAUGAAAUCCAUGUUUGCAAUAGGUUUUGCUUUUACAGCAUUGCUUAGUAUGUUUAAUAGUAUAUUUGAUGGUAGAGUUGUGGCAAAAUUACCAUUCUAUCCAAUAUCCUGGAUACAAGGAUUAAGUCAUAGAAAUUUGACUGGAGAUGACUACACUGAUUGUUCCUUUAUCUUUCUGUAUAUACUUUGUACUAUGAGCAUUAGACAAAAUAUCCAGAAAUUACUAGGAUUUGCUCCUUCUCGAGCUGCAUCAAAACAAGGUGGAGCUCUAUUUGCUGCUCCUCCAGCACAAUUCAAGUGAUAGAAAAAUGAUAUUAAAUAAAACCAAAAUAGAAAAUUCACUAUGUAUUUGUUUUAUUAAGGCAUAUACAAUGUAGCAAAUUAAUAAAUAUUAAAUUCUACCAAUGGAUUGUUUGUAAGUAAUCUGUCAAAAUCAAACCUAGUUAAGUCUAUACUAGUAUAUCGGCCAUCGAUAAUCAAUUCUGAUAUAGCUCUUCCUAUUGCUGGGGCAUUUUGACAACCUGUAAUAUUAAACGUAAAUAGUUAGUUUUAGUAAUAGGUGUCUAUCAUAGGUAUGGUGUUUUAUUCUCUGUGGGUUAGAGGAGUGCUGUUGCAUGUAGGUCAUGUUAUAUUUCAAUAAGAAUUGCCCUUUAAAAUAAAAAUUGUGAUGAAAAAGGGAUUCCUAUCCCUUUUUAAAUGUUAUAUAGAACAUAGGUUUCACCUUGUUUUCCAAAUCCAGUUGCGAUAUACAAGUUAUUGUGAUAUGGGUGAGGUCCAAUUAUACCACUAUAAUCAAAGGUAUUACAAUCUUGCUUUUCUGUAGUUAGUUCAGUUACCUAAAAAAAGCAAGGGAAAACUUACUUUAAAUCAUG